AGCGGCCAAAGCCGGCCUGUGGCGCGCCGCUGGCCUGCCUGGUGUACUUUUGCGGACGUCGCGGCGGCGACCGUGGGAACCCAUCGAGAGUUUCCGAGUAAAACCGUCGGGAUGACGGGGAAGCGGUCGGGCCUGGGCCGUUGCCGGCAUUUCUUCUGGCUGGGCGUCCUCUUCGACACCGUGGGCGUGGCGGUGCUCUUCACGGGCGUCUUCGCCGACCUGCUCUUCUACGACAUGCUGCUCUACCUGGGCUCCAUCAUCAUCUUCUUCAGUCUCCUCUGGUGGGUCUCCUGGUACACCGGCAACAUCGAACUGGCCUCCGAGGACGCCGUGCCCAAGGCCGCCCGGUCCCGGUCGGGCUCCGUGGUGGAAUCGUUACGCCGGAGCGUCAGCGUCCGCUUCUCCCAGACCUUCGAGAGCUUCUCCCAGACCCUGGAGCUGCUGCGGCGGCGCCGGAGGGGGCGCUGGCCCAGGCUGAAUUUGAGGAGUGCCUCCCAGAUCUUGGUGGUCCCCUGCUCGCCGGAAUGGGGGAGGAAGGACCCAGACUGGAGGCUGCGCAUGGCGGACGUUAGCCAAAGGGAUUUGGGCCCCUUGCCUGAAGGUGACGGAAGUUCCGAGGCAGCUGGCUCCUCGGGGCUUACAGCUGCGGGGAGGACCCAUCUGGAGCGGCCUGUGUUCCCUGUGGAAUCCAUGGAACUGCGCCCUCCUUUUCCCUCCAGGAGCCAGCCUGUGAUUUCCUUGGUCUCUACUCUUCAGCCUUGCGCCCUUCCUGCUUCUAAGAGCGAGUUUGUCGUUUCCUUGACCUCUGGAAGCCAGCCUCCAGAUGCCCUCCCCUUGACGAGCCAGCCUAUAGCCCCUGUGGUCGCCAAGAGCCAUCCACCGGUGCCUGUGUUCUCUCAGGGCCCCGUCCAGGUCCCUGUGGCUGCUGAAAGCCACCUUCUGGUACCUGUGGCCUCUCAGAGCCAGGAUCUCCCUCCGUCCCGUCAAACUCAGCCUCUCAGUGUUGAGGAUUCUGAAAGCCAGACCCUGACACCCCAGGCCUCUGAAAUGCCACUUUCGUCUACCCAGUCUUUUCAGAACGUGGACCUACAGACCUGUAGUAUCGAGGACUUUGUGAUCAUUUAUCGCUCCCACCAGUUCUCCAGCACGUUAGUCCCGAUUUCUGCAAGUCAGUCUUCAGCUCUCAUGGAGAUUUCUAAGAAGAUAGUGGCUCAGGUUUUUGAAAGUCUGAAACUACCCCAGAAACUAUCUCAGGAGUUCCCUGACACUAUGUCAUCUGUCCCUGAGGCUGCAGAUCUAGCCGCUGAGUCCAGGCAGUCUCUCUGGACUCGCAGCACAGAUCUGGCCACGGAGUCCCGGCAGUCUCUCCGGACUCAUAGCACAGAUCCAGCCACGGAGUCCCAGCAGUCUCUCCGGACUCGCAGCACAGAUCUGGCCACGGAGUCCCAGCAGUCUCUCCGGACUCGCAGCACAGAUCCAGCCACGGAGUCCCAGCAGUCUCUCCGGACUCAUAGCACAGAUCCAGCCACGGAGUCCCAGCAGUCUCUCCCCACUGACAGCAAUUUAGCUCUGGGGGCAGCAAAGAAAAGUCACCCUUUUUAGUAGGGACCAGACCUCAGCCAUUUGACUGGCUGCACAGGCCUCUGCCAAAACUGACCAAUGUUUCUACAGAUUUAACUGCCAACUUUAUAAAAGCAACAGUACUUAGCCUAAGUCUCGUUUUGGAAACUUCGAUGUGGAGUCCUGACCCAUCUCAGAUCAUAGACUGCCUAUGCCAAGUAUACCUGUUUCAGUGUUGGAGACAGUUUUCUAACUUUGGAGAAUAAAGUUAUUUAUUGCCAGAAUUGUAAGCCUUAAAUAAUUAAAUAAUUUGCUAU